UCAAAAAAAGUUUGUUUAUUAAAACAACAAGUUCAUCUUUGUUUCUUUUUUUUUUUUUUUUUUGAAUUUACAAUGAUCAUAUAGUUGGUUCUUGUGACUCCUACCGACCAGCGCUUCUGGUGCAAGAGAUAGCCAGCCCGUGCAAACCUUUGUACAGCUAUUAUAUUAUGUCAUGCGGAAUUGAGUUGCUCCCUUGAACGCAUUGGAUUCGUCCAAGAUUUUUUUUUUUUUCUUUUCUUCGUGUUCGUUUGAGUGUGGCGUGCGCUUCCCUUCAAAUUUUGCCCGAGCGAGCGCACCACGGCAUUUACUGGAGAAAGGUGCGAGUGUGCAGACCGUUUGCGAUCGUGCACGUUCACGCGCGCGCUGUCUCGUCGUGACGAUAAUGCGGAGAAGUACGCGUUAAGACACGUCGCGCUCUGUUGGUUGCACUCUCCGUAACACAGGAUAUACGUAUAUGAGCGCCCUGCAGGCAGCAAAAUUGAACGAAAAUGAGCAGAUUGCGGAUCCCCGCGGACAGCGGAGUUCGGCGAAACGGGAGGCGGGCCCGUGUCGGUCGACCACGUCUCUCCGAGCAGCCACGGGUGGGGCACCGCGCAAAGGAAGAAGGGCGGACAGAUGCUCGCCGGGCGAUCCGCCGGGCGAUUCUCCUCGCCCGCCCUCUCCCACGAAAAAGUGGCCCCCGCCUAGGGAGAAAGAAGAAGAGGGUGCCGCCGUCUUCUCGGAAGCAGCUGCGGAGAAGGAAGAGGCCUCCUGCCGUCACGAUCGCAGGCAGAGCGAGGCCAGACCGUUGAACCGGCAGUGGCGGCCAUGCGGGGCCGACGGAGGCUCGCGCCGCCGCCUCUGCUCGGCGCGCUCGCGGUCGGACUGCUGCUGCUCGUGGUCGCGGUGCUGGCCACGCUCCUGCUGUACGGCACGAACGACGCCGCGGUCGGACGGGCCGCCCCGCACCGCGACGAGGACGCGGCCGAGCAGCGACGCCGGCAGCGGCGGCUGCGCGCCGCGUGCCGCGCCCAGGGAGACUCGGCCGCCCUGGAGGACCUGCCGCAGGGCCGCCUCGACCACGUGCUGGUGGACGACGAGCACGCGCUGCUCUACUGCGCCGUGCCCAAGGUGGCCUCAACCAACUGGCGCCGGGUGCUGCUGGCGCUGCGCUCGAGCCGGCCGGACCCCGCGCGCAUCCCGGCCAACCGGAGCCACGAGCCGAGCGCCUUCCGCAGCUUGGCGCAGAUGUCGCGCCACGAGCAGCGCCGCCGGCUCGCCACCCACCUCAAGUUCGUGUUCGCGCGGCACCCGCUCGAGCGGCUCCUGUCCGCCUACCGGAACAAGUUCGAGCGCGCGUGGAGCGACUACUUCCCGCUGCGCUACGGACGCCACAUCGUGCGCCAGCAGCGCGGCGCCAACGCCUCGCGCGAGGCCCUGGACACGGGCCGCGGCGUCACCUUCGACGAGUUCCUGCGCUACGUGGCCUCGCUGGACCCCGGCGACCACGCGGGCGCCUUCAACGAGCACUGGCGGCCGCUCGCCGACCUCUGCUUCCCGUGCCAGCUGCGCUACGACGUGCUCGGCUCGUACGACACCCUGGAGCGCGACUCGCGGCUCGUGCUGCGCCGCGCCGGUCUCGAGGGCCGCGUGGCGUUCCCAAGCCGCCGGCGCACCUACUCGUCCGAGCCGACGGCGGCGCUCAUGCAGCGCUACUACGGCAACGUGAGCGAGUCGCUGAUGGCCCGGCUGCGACACGUCUACCGCGGGGACAUGGCGCUGUUCCGCUACCAGAGGAGCUACCCGCCCUUCGGAUGACGUCAGCUGGCACAGACCUCGCCACGCCCGAGAGAGAGACUGCUAAUUGCUCCGGAGAAGCCCUGACCGGCGAUCAUCUGGCGGAAAGGAAUGCGCGCGCCUCUCCCACGCUGAGGCCGAAGGUGACCGGCGCAUGCGUUGCAGUUCUCUUCGACUACGUCGCGGAAGCAGAACCCCGCGGAUUUCGGAAGUCGUUCUCGUCAAAUACCGGCUGCUGUGAUUCAGCUUAAAAUGGCAAUGAAGCGACCAACCUAUCCACUGCUUCAGUUUAGCCUGCUUAGUAUGGCGAGAAGUCUUGACAACUAGCAAGCCAGGUAUGAGCUAAGUGCGAAGAAGAGUGCUGUUCAGUAAUCGCACCGUUGUGAGACGGUUUAGCGGGACCCGCUGUGUAAUCCCGUGUAUGCAGUGACUUUAUCCCUGCCACGUUUCGACCUAUGUGACAUUCUGAAGGAAGUGCCCAAGUGAGUGCCCCACGGUGCGCGGUUAAUGUGGUGCCGUGCACAAAGUACACGCCACAGUCACAGUGCUCGUCGAAGACGGGACAUCGCGCUUGUGCGUCAGACGGUGCCGUUCGGUGCGACAUAAUCGUGAGUGUCAAUAUACGCAGCGGCCGGUGGUCGAUUUGUGCAUUUGGUGGAUGCGUGAGUGAUUCGCCGCCGUUCCUGGAGACGAGGACGAACGUCCGUGUGGUGAACGGAAAACGACCACGUGGUUUGCUUCGUGGACGACGCUGUGACCAUCCCUUUGCACAGACAUAUUCCCGACCGAUCCCUUCCAGACAGCCACGUGACUAAUUAAAGCACUCGGCGGAGGCAUUUCUUGUCGGCGCUGUCAUGUUCUGACCGAAGCCCUUUGCUCCUUGGACGGAAAAGGCUACGACGGAAUGCCUUCAGCAUCGACAGAGUGACGUCAGCAAAUGCCCAUCGCUGCACUAAUUCCACCGCGUGGCGCCUCACGGCAGGCGCCGCUAAAAAUGGCCGAUCAGAAAUACGGCCGAGCACGGCGAGACAGCAACGUGCAGACCAUAUAUAGCCGCAGACAGGCAUCGUCGUGCGCAAUGCAGCUGCAGGCACAGCGCAUUGCACGAUGGCGCUUGGCCAACGGUGACAUUAUUGUGCUAUACACAACGAAGCGAAUGGAGCUGACCCGAAAAGAGUUUCAUGCUGUACAGCGUAUAGAAAGCGAAUCGUGGCGCCGGAGCCGUUCAGUCAUCACGGAAGUGACGGGUAGUGCACGAGUUUGUCUGCGAUUUGGUAUGAAUUCAUUUCAAGCUGCAGCACGUUGCAGUUUCCCUGAUUGCCA